AUGGAUGGAAUACGAAGCUCUCGCAAGUCCAGCAAGUAUCUUACCACAAAACCCCCACAUGGGGCAUUUUCAGUCUUAGGAGGUGCAGUGUUCCACAUCAACUCAUCAGCCUCAUCAAAUGCACAAGAUUGUCAACCUGUAUCGACUACCGAGGCGUAUUCUACUCGCAAUAAUCAAGUUGAAACGGAAAGGGAAUUCGAUGUGAAAGCGUUUCUGUUGAAUCAAAAGGGUUCUCAACCUUUGCACAGAAGCUCUUUGUUCCAAAUUGCCCCAUUAGGUGAACAAAAGGUAGCCAUUGAUCGUUCAAAAAAUUUAGAGCAUAGUUUGUUACCCCAGUCGAAGAUUGGUUCAUCAAAGUCUACGAGUAAACUUCCUCGUGUUGCAAGCACCAAAUUUCGAAAAUUACAAUCAAGGCAGCAUUCGGAAGAAGGCGAUGCAUCAGGUUCGCGUUAUUAUUCCAUCGAAAAAAUGUCUAGUAGGAGCCUUCACGCGACUCAAAAUCAGAAUAAGACGUGGUUAUAUAUCCCUGGCUUUGGUGAGCGGGGCUUGGGAACUCGAGGUAUGGAAAAGACAGACGUCACUUGUGUCGAUCGCCCAUGUCGAAGAGUGGAUCUACUCGAUCUGGAGCAAUGUUUCGAUACAGCUAUUCAGUUUAUCGACAAGAACGAGCAUAUUGAUAUUGCGAGUGAAGAGAAAUUGUCCAUGCUUGAUCAGGAUUAUAUGGCAAUUUAUGCUCAUAUAAAACAACGAUACAGCGUGGAAGCUGGUGAAACUUCAUCUGAUAGCUGCAAAAAGCUCGCGAAGGUUUUGUUUGAGCAAAAGUGGUCGGAUUUGAUCAUUGGCGAGCUUGAGUCCAUGCUGACAAACUCAUUUCUUGAACAAGGCGUCGUUCUUGGUAAAGCUCGCAUGGUGUAUGCUAAGACAUUUUUUGAGCUUGAAAACAUAUACAAGCUCCAGUGGAAUCUAUUCUUGCAAGAGAAGAAACAAGUGGAAGAUCUCAGGCUUCAAGUACAUCGAAUUGAUGAGGUGCAUGAAGAAAAUGUACAGAAGAUACAAAAGCGUAAUGAUGCUGAGAUGAACAAGCUACAAACGGCUUUUGAGAGCGAAAAGAGGGACUUGGAACAACAAGUGAUUGAUUUGAAGGAGCAAAUGAUGAAGAUGAGCGAUACCAUGAAGACUCUAAAUGCGAUUUUUCGUCAAAUGCGAGAAGAUACGGAAAACGUUAAAGCCAUGGAGUUGCACGAAAAAUAUAACAAGCUUGAGCAUAAGUAUGAACGAUGUCACAAGGAGACGAUACAGCUGCGCCCAGUCGUACAAGAAAAACAGCAGCUUGAAAGCAAAUUGGAGGAACUUACUCGAGAUCGAGAUGCUUUGAGGGACAAACUGACCGAUCUGAACAAUUUAUGCAAGCAAUCGUUAUGUAUCGGUGACGCGAAUAAAGGUUCUGUCGAUAGAGUAGACAAUGUUGAUGUGGCUUCGACGUACAAGACUGAGACCCACAAGCCAUCGAAUGAGAGACGCAUCCAGUGCCUCUAUUAUCGUGUUUUACUACCUAAUUUAAACGGCUAUCGUCCACAACGCGAUGUUUCCUGGACGCUCAGUUGCAUGCGAUCCAUCAUUUAUGCGAAGCAGCUAGACAACCUCAUGUGUAAACAUACUGCGGGGUUGUUUCCAUUACGAAUUCGUAUGCCGGAGUUUGUAUAUGCGUGGUUCUCACCGUGGCGGUCAUUGAAAACCGAAAAAGCUACUAGCAAACGUGCCGAGUGGGACACAAGUCAUGCGAAUAUACAAAUGCAAGCGAAUGAGGAUCGAUGGUGUCUUUACUAUGGUGUUAAAGCUCUUGUAAAACAAGGGUAUCUGGAAGCAAAAUUAUUUUUAUCCCUUCUUGACGAGAGAGAUGGAGAAGAUGAACACGUGUUUAUGCUUUAUUGUUACCAUGUUUUGGACAUCACAUCAGAAGGACAGUUGAAUUGGGGUCCAUUAAGAGAGAAGGCUUCUUACCAAAUCUUUUCGCAACAAUAUGAUCUUUUACUUGGUACUGAUCAAACGAAAGGUCCAGCAUCUCGAGUGCGAGUACCAAAGAAGAUUUGGAUACCAUUGAAACAUGCAUCACUUGCGACUAGUAUCGUCCUUUCCAGAGCAACAGAAUUUGAGCGAAAUGUUCUUUUCAGUAAAAUGACUGAGCAUGAAGUAAAGGAUGUCCCUGAAGACGAAAGACUAGAUAUAUACAUUAAGCCUCCGAUGGAGGUAAAGGACGAGCUUACGAAGUCAUUAGAGCAUUUUGAAAAUUUGGUUGAGGAUACACAAUCGCACGAAUCACCUGGAUUUAUAGACGCGCAUUUGUGGAUUGAUCUCAUGAUGCAUGAAUACAAAGAAGAGCAAGCGCAUCGUCGUGCAGCUAUUCGCCUUAUGUUUCAAGCAGCCACGUCAACAGCAGUAGCGACAUCAGAUUCCACUGCUGAAACGGGGAUAUCCACAAUGUCAAACAUUUCUCAAACGUCAAUGGAUAUGGAACAGUUUUAUGCUAUGGUACACACAUUAAACGACGAGGUUCCGUCCUGGUUAGUCGCUAUGUUGUAUCGAAAUGCUUACACUCGCGGCGAUGGCGCAGUCACUUUCAAUUCGUUUAUGGAGGCAGCUGAGGCAUGGCAAUUUUUUUCAACAUGCAUGAGACUUAAGAGUCCAGACUCAAUCGUUUCUAGUUUUCGUGGCCGCUCAUAUACUGAGACAUCUGUACCCAUAAGCUUAACCUCUCGUGCUGCGUCUAAUCUGAAUGAAAAAUAUAUCCUGUGUCAGAAUGAACUUGGAGCUACAAUUGAACAAUUACCCCUUUGGACACGUAGUAUGGCCGACUCGCUUGCAUUCGACAUUUCAGUAAUUCUACACGAUGAUAAUUUUAGUGAAGUUCGACUGCUUUCGUUGUUGCAGAGGCUGAUUGACAUUUUUGGUGUGUCAAAGUUAAUACAGAGAGAAAUAACGGGCUCUCUCUCUGUCUCGAGCGACCUAAAUAAUAUUGAAAAAGCACUUGAUGCGAUUAUGAACUUUAAGUAA